CUCCUUACACACAUUCCCCCCUCCUCUUCCCCUCGCAUCCUUGGAAGCAACAAUUAAGCAGCUCUGGGAUAAAACACACAGCCUGCGGGAGCACGAGGGCAUUGCUUCAAGAGAUGGCAAGGCAGGCAGCUGCACCCCUCCUUCCAGGAGUCCUCCUCCUCUUCUCCAUCCUCCCGGCUUCUCAGCAAGGAGGGGUCCCUGGUGCUAUCCCAGGAGGGGGAGUUCCCGGAGGAGGCUUUUUCCCAGGUGCUGGGAUUGGAGGUUUGGGAGCAGGACUCGGAGCUGCAGGAAAACCUCUCAAACCAGGGGUCGGAGGCCUUGGGGGACUUGGCCCACUCGGCCUACAACCAGGUGCUGCAGGUGUCUUCCCUGGAGGUGCCUUCCCUGGGGCAGCCUUCCCUGGUGCUGCCUCUGCAGCUGCACUCAAGGCAGCUGCAAAAGCUGGUGCUGGCAUUGGUGGCGUGCCUGGAGUUGGUGGUCCUGGUGGCCUCGGGGUCUCUACAGGUGCAGUGGUACCUGGUGUGGUGCAGCCUGGGGCUGGCGCAGCAGUGAAACCCCCAAAAGUACCAGGCGCUGGGAUUCCUGGAGCUUUCCCAGGUGGUGUGCUCCCUGGUGCAGGCGUCCGCUUCCCUGGCGUCGGGGUGCUGCCCGGAGUACCCACUGGUGCUGGAGUCAAGCCAAAAGUUCCAGGAGCAGGAGCCUUUGCAGGAAUCCCUGGACUAGGAGGUUUUGGAGGUCAACAGCCCGGUGUCCCCCUGGGGUAUCCCAUCAAAGCUCCUAAGCUCCCAGGUGGCUAUGGAUUGCCCUACAGUACUGGCUUCGGGCCAGGCGGGAUAGGAGCUGGCAUUGGAGCAGGAGGAAAGGCAGGGUACCCCACCGGGACAGGAGUUGGCGCACAGGCAGCAGCAGCGAAAGCAGCAGCAAAAUACGGAGCUGGUGUCCUGCCAGGGGCUGGUGGCAUCCCAGGAGUGGUACCGGGUGCUGGUAUUGUUCCAGGGGUUGGAGUUGGAGGUCCUGCAGCGGCAGCGGCAGCAGCGAAGGCAGCAGCAAAGGCAGGAGCUUUUGGUCCAGGGGUUGGUGGUGUCCCUGGCCUUGUGCCUGGCGUUGGUGGUGUCCCCGGCUUGGUGCCUGGUGUCGGAGGUGUCCCCGGGGUGGCAGGUGACUUCGGGGGGCCAGCAGCAGCAGCAGCAGCAGCAAAGGCAGCUAAGUACGGAGCUGGGGUCGGCGUUCCCGGCAUUGGUGGUGUUCCUGGCGUUCCUGGCGUUCCUGGUGUCCCUGGUGUCCCUGGUGUCCCUGGCGUCCCUGGUGUGCCCGGUGUGCCCGGUGUGGCUGGGGUUCCUGGUGUGGUGCCUGGUGUUGGAGUGGGUGGCCCAGAAGCUGCUGCGGCCGCAGCAAAGGCUGCAGCGAAAGCCGCAGCAUUUGGAGCAGGGCGUGUGCCUGGUGUUGGUGUCCCCGGUGUUGGUGUGCCCGGUGUCGGCGUGCCCGGUGUCGGCGUGCCUGGAGUUGGCGUCCCUGGAGUUGGUGUGCCUGGUCUGGUGCCUGGGGUGGGAGGCAUUCCAGGAGUUGGAGCCCCAGCAGCUGCCGCUGCUGCCAAAGCAGCCGCCAAAGCAGCCAAGUAUGGAGCAGGUGGUCUGGCUCCUGGUGUGGGUGGACUUGCACCUGGUGUAGGUGGACUGGCUCCCGGUGUAGGUGGCCUUGCUCCUGGAGUUGGUGGCCUGGUCCCUGGUGUUGGAGGUAUCCCAGGGGUCGGAGUUCCAGCUGCAGCAGCCAAAGCAGCAGCAAAGGCAGCCAAAUUCGGUGCUGGCGUUGGAGGGGUGCCUGGUGCAGUGCCUGGUGUUGCUGGGGUGCCAGGAGUGACGCCUGGUGUCGGUGGUGUGCCUGGGCUAGUGCCGGGUGUGGGGGUACCUGGUACUGGCAUCCUCCCCGGGGCAGGCAUCCCCCAAUUAGGGGUGCAGCCUGGUGCUAAACCUCCGAAAUUGGGUGUUCCCGGGGUUGGAGUCCCAGGGAUCAGCGGUGUCCCAGGUUUUGGUGUCGGGGGGCUGCAGCCAGGUGAGUGCCCAUGUUUGGGGUGGGGCGGGAGUAUGUUCCCUGCCACAUCACACUUGUCCCGACUUGCUGUCCUCACCUGCUGCCAUCCCCUGCUGUGCACAGUACUGCCUGGGAGAGCACCUCAAACCCAGAUAGGUGCCAUGGUGGGGAUAGGGGCUUUUGUAGCCGCUUCCGUCCCUCCAAGUGACCCCAGCCAGGGUGCCCCAGUCAGGCAAGGCUGGGGUGGCACUGUUGUCAUAACCUGUCACUGGCUAUUGCUUUUUCCCCAGGGGUUGGAGUUCCCGGCUUCGGUGUGUCACCAAUACUUCCAGGUGGGGUUGCUGGUCAGCUGGGAUUUGGUGGGAAGCCCCCCAAGACCUAUGGAGGAGCCCUCGGUGCCCUGGGCUUUAGAGGCGGCGUGGGCUGCGCACAAGGGAAGUACUGCGGGAGGAAGCGGAAGUAACCGCACGUCGUCACCCAUGACCUCAUGAACUUUGGUGCUACUGCAUGGUCCAGAAUGUAAAUCCCAAGCGAAGCUGAGACACCCCCACCACCCCCCACCCCCCAAAACCCCGGACCCAACGUUCCCAGGAGGGGCCCCGUGCCUCCGGCAGCGCUUGUCCCACCCCCAGCCCCUCCAUCCCGGUGGGGAGCGCGGAAUAAACUGCGGCGAGCAGCCGUCCCCCUUGGUGCUAUUGCUCCCUGCGGGAUUUGAGGGGCUCUUGGGGUGUCGCCACCCUACCAGCCUCAGCCCUGUCCCCGGAGGGGGGAGGGCAGGAUGAGGGGCACCUCACAUUGGAGGGAGGGAAGGAGGGAAGGGGGUCCCAGCAGCGGGGAGCUGCUCGGGGAGGGAUGUCCCUGACAGCCCUGGGCUCCCCCCGGUCCCCGCGCUCCAGGGGGGCCGCGGCCAGGAGGGGCUCUGUCCCUUCAUGUUACUCACUUUGCUAUAACCGGGUGGGACGCCCUAUGCAGAGGAACUCACUUCCGACAGACAAAUAAAAGACAAGUUUUUAAAUGA